GAGCUGUUGAAGGAGGACAGUGUGUGUGACCGGCCGCAGCUUCCGUGUUCCCGUAUUACUUGUGGACCUUCAGGCGUGGGCACUUGUUUGUCCCACACCUGCCCUCGCACCUGGCUGCCCCGCGUUACCGCCUUCUGCAGGACCUUUCAAGAAGACGCCGCCACCCCCGCCAGGCCCUGAGCGGCGCGGUGCCGCCCCCAGGCCGUCCCCAGACAUGCCGUUGUGCCUAGCCUGCGCCGGGCGUCGCUUCCUGAGUGGCAGUGACACCCAGCGCGGCGAGUGAGGCGACAUCGCCAAGCCUCCCGCCAGUCACUUCCUCAGGAGCGGGAUGAGCAUGUCGGGGGAGCUGCUGGUAAGCGGGGAGGAGCAUGAGGAGACCGGCAAUGUGUCGCAGAUGCUCGGGGACCUGGCGCCCCUCAACUGCUCCUUCCUGUCGCUGGCGGAGGGACUCAAUGCUACCAACUGCACCAACGACGGCGAGGUGUUCGACGGCCGUAUGUUUCCCCUACUGAGCGAGACCGUGCAGCACGUGACUGUGGUGUUCUUGGCCCUCGCCUUCCUGGUGGGGCUGUGCGGCAACACGCUGGUCAUCUACGUGGUCACCAGGUUCUCCAAGAUGCAGACGGUCACCAACCUGUACAUCCUGAAUCUGGCCAUCGCGGACGAGCUGUUCGUGAUCGGCGUGCCCUUCCUGAUGACCACCACCAUCAUGGAGUACUGGCCCUUUGGCUUCAUCAUGUGCAAGCUGUACAUGAUCACCACCUCGCUCAACCAGUUCACCAGCUCGCUGUUCCUCACCAUCAUGAGCGCCGAUCGCUACAUCGCCGUGUGUCACCCCAUCAGCUCGCCCAAGUUCCGCACGCCCAUGAUCUCCAAGCUAGUGUCGCUCACCGCCUGGACGCUCUCCGCCCUCAUGAUCGUGCCCGUCUUCAUGUACUCCAACAUCCUCAACGAGAGCAACGGCCAGGCCAGCUGCAACAUCUACUGGCCGGACUCCGUGGGCGUGCGCGGCUACACCGUCUUCACUAUCUACUCCUUCGUGCUGGCCUUCGGCUGCCCCGUUACCUUCAUCUUCAUCUUCUACACGAUGGUAAUCCUCAAGCUGAAGGCGGUGGGCAUGAGGAACAAGUCCAGCAAGAAGCGCAGUCACCGGCGAGUGACGCGCCUGGUGCUGACGGUGAUCACGGUGUACGUGCUGUGCUGGCUGCCCUACUGGGCCUUGCAGCUGGCGCUCACCAACAGCGUGGACAAGCAGGUGCAGAGCCGCUUCAUGGUGAUUCUGUUCAUCGUGUCCUCGUCACUUUCCUACAUCAACUCCGCCAUCAACCCCAUCCUGUACGCCUUCCUCAGCGACAACUUCAAGAAGAGCUUCCUGAAGGCGUGCACCUGCGCCGCCCGCAGGGACGUCAACAACGUCCUCAUGGUGGAGAACUCGCUCUUCCCACGCCGCCGCGCCGGCUCCACCCUGCCGCCGCGCUCCCCCAGACCCACCCAGGACGCCAAGACGCCCAAGGACGGCCCCGGGGAGCUCAGCCCCCUGCCUCUGGCGCCCACUCGACGCCCUCUGCAGCCUCGCGACGACGCCUUCCUCAACGGGCGGCCCAUCACUUCACACCUGUAGUGCCGCCGCCCCUUCCCCUCCCUCACGUGCUGCUUCCCAUUAACCUGUAUGCCUGAGCUGAUCCCGAGCGCCUUCCAUCCCGCCGCCAGCCGGCCAUUGCCUCCUCCGCCCACCACUCUCCCUCUGUCCCCACGCCCACCCUUCCUCUCUUUCCUCCCUUCCUCUUUGUGCAUCACAACACACCGCCACACUCACGAUCAACAACAAUCAGCAAUCAUUAUCAAUUCAUUAUCCCUUAACACCUCUAAUAUCACCACCACCACCACCGACUAUCACCAUCCUACGUCAUCACCACCACCACCACUUCCUCCACACAACCGCACCUCCAUUUCUCAUCAUUUAUUUUAUUAUUUUUUGUUGCCUCGAAGCACUUUGCAGAGGGACUUAGGUAGAUUUCCCUUGAGCGUGGCAGGAAAUCCUUCUCUAUGAGCCUUAUAAUCCUCUUCCCCCCCUCCAUCCCUCCUUUCCCUUCCCUUCCCUUCGUCCUCCUUUCCUCCUCUCCCUCCUUUCCUCCCAAAUGUCCUAAGCUUAUUUCGUUCCUCAUCAUGUUGGAAAUAAAAUGCAUAAGUGUGUGUGUGUGUGUGUGUGUGUGUGUGUGUGUGUGUGUGUGUGUGUGUGUGUGUGUGUGUGUGUGUGUGUGUGUGUGUGUGUGUGUGUGUGUGUGUGUGUGUGUCUACGUACAGUUUGAAGCCCCUGUACGUACGCACACACGCUUUUCUGUCUGUCUGCCUGUCUGUAUGUUUCCUUACCUUAAGUCAUGUACGUAUAAACACACACACACACACACACACACACACACACACACACACACACACACACACACACACAGAGACCAGGAAAUUCAAUUCAACUCAAAUACACACACGCACACAUACACAAACAUACACCCCACUUCCCCCCUCCUACACUCCCUACCCACUAUCCACCUUCCUCCCCUUUCCUCCCCCUUCACCUGGUGGCCUCUCACCUGUGUUCCCGUGACUGCCUUCACCUUUAAUGCGCUUCAUCGCGUUAAUACUGCGCCGUAACGAGGGCCCACUAAGCCACUGUGGCGCGCCGGACCUGGAAAAAAAAAAAGUUAACCUGGAAAAACACCGGAAUGGGGUCUGGAAAAUAAGCAAAAAAAAAAAAAAAAAGCUGUGGAAAUUAGAGAAUGAUAUGAUGUGGAGAACAGGGGAAAUGGGAAGAAUGGUAUGGGGAGCAGGAAAGAAAAAAAAUGAUAUAGAGAAUAAGAGAAAAGGAAAAUGAUGUUAGAGAACAAGGGAAAUCGGAAGAAUGGUAUGGGGAACAUGAAAAAAAAAUAUAUAUAAUUAAAAAAUGAGGAUAUGAGAACAGAAAAAAAGGAAAAAAAAAAGAAAAAAAAAGAAGAGUAUGAAGAACAGGAGAAGAGCACAAUGGGUGUAGAACAGAAAAAAAAAUUAUUUGUAGAACACUUAAGAGAAAAGAAUGGUAUGGAAAACCGGAAAAAAGGAAAUGAGGAUAUGGGGGAAUGGAAAAAUUUGAAAAAAAUAAUAUGGGAAACAGGAAAAGGAAACAAUUAUAGAACACAGGAAAAAGAGAACAGUAAUGAGAACAGGCAAUGAGGAUAUGGAAACAAGGAAAGCAAGGAAAAAUGACGGAAUGGUAAAUAUUAGGUUAGCUUAGUUUGGGAAAAAAAUCAUAAUUGAAUCGCUGUUGGAUGAGAAAAGAAAAAUAGUGAAAACAAGAGAUAAAAAGGGGUAAAUGAGACAUAGGGAGAGAAAGGAAAGGAUAGAGAAAAAAAGGAAAAGAUGAAGAGAAGAAAGAAAAAGAUGCAUAGUUAAUGGAAGAAGGAAAGGGAAAAAAAGACAUGGGAAAAAAGGUGGAAAUAAAUGGUGGAUGAAAAAAAAAGAAGAGGCAGGGGGAUGAAAAAAAAGUGGAAAUCAAUGAAGGGGGAAAAAGGGGGGAAAAAAACGAAGGAAUGGAAAGAUGAAGAAGAGAUAAAUCAAUGGAGGGUGAAGUGAUAAAAAAAAAAAAAACCGGGAAAGAGAUGGAGAGAAGAAAAAAAAUGGAAAUCAAUAAAAGGUGAAAAAAGGGAAGAGAUGAAGAGAAGGAGAAAACAUGAAAAUUAAUGAAGGAAAAAUAGAAAAAAAAAAGGAAUGGAUAGAUGAAUAAAGAGGUGGAAAUCAAUGAGAGAGAGAGAGAGAGAGAGAGAGAGAGAGAGAGAGAGAGAGAGAGAGAGAGAGAGAGAGAGAGAGAGAGAGAGAGAGAGAG